AUGACGGUUGCGUCAGGAGAAGUCGAAGGGCGCAAUCGUGGGAUGAGGGUACGAGGACAGUUCUGGUGUCACGAUGUACGACAGCUGUCGAUGAGAAAGAACAGACUAAACGGUCUCGCAACUGUUGGCGCUGCGAUGAAGAUCAAUGCAAUCAGUCCGUUUAGUUACGACAGACAGACAGACCGACUCUCCCACCCGACCUCACCGCCGCCGCCGUACAGAACCGAAGCAGCUAUAAUUCGAGCCUGGAUCUAUUUCAAUCACACCAUCUCUUCUGACAGCAGCGACCUCCAUCCAUCAGGAUAUACUCGAGUUCUCAACAAGCACGAGGCAAGGGCAUACAGAUGUUGGGAUGUGUGGUUCUUGAUCAUGGUCAAGGAUCGUGGAGGAGAAUCCAGUGAUAUGGGCUUGGACAUAGCAGUCGGCUGA